AUGCCAGAUAGCAGCACAAUAUCUAUUAAAGUAUUUCUCUCUUUUUUUCAGAUGGAAGCCCUAGUCCGAGAAAUGCAAGAUCCCGAACAUGGAGUACCAGUAAGGCAACAAAAGAUGUUUCUCACUUCCAUUCCUUAUGCCUUUAUGGGUUACGAUCUUAUCGAAUGGCUUAUGGAUCGCCUACAAAUCGAAGAAUCCGAAGCGCUGAACAUUGCCAAUCAAUUGUGUUUGCAUGGUUACUUUUUCCCCGUGAACGAUUCCAAAACGUUGUCCGUCAAAGACGACUCUUCUCUGUAUCGCUUUCAGACACCCUACUAUUGGCCGUGGCAACAUAAGGCACCCGAUAAUGUUGAAUAUGCCAUCUAUUUGGUUAAACGUACGCUGCGUAAUAAACAACGCCACGCCUUGGAAGAUUACGAAGUGGAGGCAUUAUCCUCAUUACAUAAAAAUCUCAAAGGAAAAUGGGAAAUUAUCUCGAUGCAAGCUGAGGAACAAGUACGUUUGGCCAAAGAACGCAAGAAGGGUGAAAAAAUUGUAGGUGACUCACAGGAGCGUGCCUAUUGGCGUGUGCAUCGUCCACCACCGGGACAAUUUACACCAUUGGAACCGUGUCCGGUGCCAUCAAGAGAUCGCCAAGGGACGAAGCAGAAUAAAAAGAAAACCCUCGAGGAUAUGCAACGUGAUGUAGAUUAUUUGAAAAAGUCCCUCAAUCGUACACGAAUGAAAAUGUCACAGGCCUGUGAAUCGUUGGUAACCUAUUCGGAGACAUUUUCCGAUUAUGACUUUUUCCUACAACCUGUCUUGCCCUCAAAUCCAUGGGUCACCGAAGAUACCACCUUCUGGCAGCUGAAUAAUACUUUUGUUGAUAUUCCAACGGAAAAACGGGUAAAACGUUGGGCCAUUUCCAUUGAGGAGUUGGUGUCAGAUCCCACGGGUCUGCAGGAGUUCACCACCUUUUUGGAAAAAGAAUACUCUCAUGAAAAUAUACGUUUUUGGAUAGCGGUAAAUCGUUUGCGUAGGUCUGCUCACUCUCAGGUGCCACGUAAAGUCCAGGAGAUAUAUGAGGAAUUCCUCAAACCUGGCGCUCCCUGUGAAAUCAACAUCGACGGCAAGACCAUGGAAAGUGUUCUAAAGGGCCUCAAGAACCCCUCACGUUUCACCUUCGAUGCCGCCUCCGAUCACAUCUACAUGCUGUUGCUAAAGAAGGACUGCUAUCCUCGUUUCAUACGUUCCGAUCACUAUAAGCGUCUGGUAGAGACGGGCAUCCAGCCCUCGCACAAGAAACGUUUCUUCAACUUUGGCGGUGUCAGUGGUGCCAAAAAGAAAAUGACUGCCGCCUUGUCCAGCCAACCGAAUCUGGGUGGCAACACAGAGUCCAGUAGCAAGAGUACAAUGGCUGCCAGUGGUAAUUCGUUUAUAAUGUCCACGGCCCCGCCACCGGGAAGCUUGACUAGGCGACGCGGCAGUGAUCGUAGUCUAAGCGGUUCCGCUCAUGAGCUGGCGGUAAUGGGUGUGAACAAGGAUAGCAGCUCCAAGGUGCCACAUUCUCAUUCGCAGAGUAAUCUAAGUGAGAUACCGUUCAGAGAUACACCCAAAGGGAAAACUGGACGCUUGGAGACCACCGUUGAGGUUGGUGGUGGUAGUAGUGCGGUAUGUCCAUGGGAUGAACCGGAUGAGCCACCGACAACACAAGCGCCCAAACCAAUGCCAGCUGCUGCUGCUGUUGUACCAGCAGCCUCCACAACUCCAGUUCAAUUGUCCGUAUGCCCAUGGGAGCAGGAGGAAGAUGCGACAGUCCCACCCACAACAACAACAGCAGCUGUAGCACAACUACCAGCCAUCAAAACAAGCGCACAAAGAUUAACAAGCACCUCUUCGGAUAAUUCCGAAGUUGCUGAUAGAUUACAACGCAAUCUGGGCAUACGCCAUCAAAAUACUGUCGAUAGCGGUGAGACAUCGGGCAUGAAACGUUUACUACCAAAUUUCACCGAACAACGAAGAGCAUCAGUGUCCUUUACACCGAGCCGCAUUUCAGAAUUUCCUACAGGACGACCGUCCACGGGUGCCAAAAUUUCAACCACACCAUCGCCCACGGUGACACUACAACAGGGUAAUAUUUCUGCUCUCUUUGCACCCAUACAGGGUCCCAACUUUGCCGCCACCGCCGUAGUAACCAAAGAUCCACCUUCAUCCUCGGAUGCUGAAGUGGAAGAGGAAUUGAAUAAGUUAGCGAUAUCGGAACGUAAUAGUGAGUCAUCGGGGUCAGCAGUACUGCCGACACCAAAUCCUACACCCACACCACCACCGCUGACCAAGGUAACACCCCCACCCGUUACUCCGGUCGAUGAACAACCGGCAGCAUUGGUUAGUGCCGAAACCCAGACAUGUCAUGCCGACGACAGUCCUCGAGAAAGUUCUCCCAGUGAUUCGUUGCAUGGCAACGAGCCAGAAGAACGUUCGGGCGGCAAUGAGGCGGAAUUUGAGGCCGAGGUGGAUUCUGAAAUACAAGAGGUACAAAUUGAAUUGAUCGAAUCGUCGGAGGGUUAUGAGAAAUUAUGUGAAAGCCAGGAAUGUUUGGAAAUGUCUCCACCCACAAUACAGGUCGAUGAGGAUGAUGGUGAUGCUGAUGGGGGAGGUGAUGGUGAAAAUAUAUGUCCUCCACAUGGAAGUGGGGAAUGUUUGGCUGGAGAUAUGGAGGUGGUAGAAGAUAACCCCAUUAAACAAAAAACUCCCUCCGGCUCGGCAAAACAAAGUCCUGAAAAAGAAAUUGCCCCUGAAACACAGGAAACUGGCGAGGAAAAACAAUCACCAUUACAAGAACAGGAUUUGCCACAACAACCACCACCACCAACAACAACAACACAAGAAGAGCUUCCACCAACAUCACCAACCGAAGAACUUUCCCCUACCACCGAUGAAUAUCAAGAAGGUCUCGAAUUCGGUGAUGAUGGUAAAAACGAUUUUGAUAUUGCCGAUUCGGAAUCCACCGUGGGUUAUAUACCACCAGCACCCACCCCAGCUCCCUCAAUGGCACCUCUGGCGGAAAUGGACACCGAUACCGUUGACGAGGAAUUUAGCGAAGAAUUGAAACCCAAAGAGACAGCCACCGCAACCACCACCCCCGUGGCAGAGAAACCACCCAAACUUCCACAUACCAAUGUUGUGAAAACUACAGCCGAAGAGGCUCGGAAGAAGCGCAAGAAACGUCAUCUGGAUGCUAAGAAAUCCAUUUCGG